AUGAAUAAUGCCCAAGACAUAGUCAAUUUGAAUGUACAGGUUGUGAAUAGAUAUAGGCAGUUCAGGACUAAUGGCGAUAAUAGGUGCCUUCUUCAGCAUGGCACGUACCCUGUUCAUGAGGUUAAAAGGGCCCCUAGGGGGGGGGUGUCCCAGAAAAGAAGCACCUGUGUAAUAAUGUCUCAUUCGGAUAGGACUUUAAAUUUUGUCAAGCGGCUUGCCAACUUGGCAAAACAUGAAGAUGCUCGUGCAGAUCAUGUAGAUCACACAAAUCACGCUAAUCACGCAUAUCGCACAGGUGGCACAAAUUAUAGAGAUACUACCGUAUGUCGCGCGCGACCCCCAGACCUGCAAAUGUUGCACCGCAUAACGACCCUGGUCUGCUUAAAAAUAUACCUCUCCCUUUAUAUGUAUAUAAGCAAUUUGAGAAAACUGUCCCUUCUGCUAUUGUGCGAAUGCUCGGAGUAUGUGGCCAACAAGUGCAAACAGUACAUUUUAAAUAAAGCAAGCGGAAAAUGUAAAGCCAUUUUUAGGCAUACCAUACGGACAGAAGAGGGAGAGGAAAAAAAAAAAAAAAAAGACACACAGGUCUAUACUGGAAACUUACAACUAUCGGAAGAAAAGAGACACAUGAGUGACUGCCAUAGAAUUGAAAAUAAUAAAAACGCAAAAGUGGGGAGGAAAAAUGAUUACCACCCCUAUUUUGCUCCAAAGAAAUCCUAUAUAGAUAAAUUUGCCUGUGUUGAAAAGUCAGCUUUUACGUUAGCGAGAAAGGUGACUACUCCAAACAGGAAAGAUGGAGAACGCAGAAGAAUACGUUACCUUGGCUGUGUUAGCCAUAUGUACACGGAUAAAAGUCGGAAAAAAUGUGUAGGAAAAAACGCCUGCACCAAUAGGCGAAGUGAUAAUGAUGAUACCUACGCAGCCAAUGUAACAAGCAGAAGCCGCGCAGUUAGAAGGGGACGAAACCAAGGGGUUAUCCCCCUUCUAGCAAGCAGCAAAGGAACGCAUACAAAAAGGAAUAUAUUUAAAAAGAAUAAUAAAAAAAAUAUAUUUGACAAGCAAACCUGGUUUAAUGCUUUUAAGAGGGGUAGUACCAUUUACCCAAAUGGGAUUUAUACCCUUGUCAAAAAUGGAGAAUGCCUCAAAGUAGAGGUAAAUGGAAAAAAUAAAAACUAUAUUAGUGAAUCAUCUGACAAACUCGAAGAACCACUUGAUGUUGUUACGUAUACCCCGUUCAACCAUUUAAGUGAAGGCGUCUUCGCCGAAGAGGAUACAAGAGGGUACACCUCUAUUUUUAUGCAGCGUAUGGUGCAAAAAAUGUUAAAGAUAUACGUCAUGCUGCCGACUCUCCCUCGCUUUACCGAAACGGUAAUCCAUAUUCACAAGCCCGUAACCCAUUGCGCAGUUCUUAUGAAAGAAUCCUGCGAUUGGGGUGAAACCUUUUUGAUUACCCCUUUUAAUGUUUUAAAAAUAAUUGUUAAAAAGUUAAGGAGACAUUGUUUUUAUGUCGCAUUCGAUUUAUGUUGUAAGACAAGUGUCGCAUCAGAAUCUGAUAGAAAAAGGGAAUAUAUUCUAUGGGUUACUAAAAGAUUAACACUUAACUACCCGAACGUGUUAGAAUUUAACUCAAGAAUAUUACGAGAUAUAUUUUUAACUUUACUAGAGGUGGAAGAAGAUUGUCAAGCAACACGUUUCAAAUUUGUUCAUCCCCCAUUUUGGAGCAAGCCCUUAGUUUUCUCGCCCUAUACCACAUCCGAUAAUAAAAUUGAUCCCUUAUUGUUCCUUCCAAUUCUGUCCCCGCCUUUGAACAGAAAAUGUUUUAAGAACUCAGGAAAGCGUGCCCACCACAUUUUAAAAAAAAGAAGAAAUUGCACUAGCAAUUUUGGACGCGCAUAUAUCAGUAACAGCCAGUUAUGUGCAAAAGAAUUUUGCAAAAAAAAAUAUUCAUCCCUUUCUCGAAAUCAGAAAAUGAAAUUUCGCCCAAAUGUGCUCAUGAUGGGAAAGCACAGAGGGAGGGGAGUUUCGAAACAAAAGUUUAAACGUUGCAGAGGACAAGUACUUUCCGUAAUGGCGGAGAGACCGCUCAAUAAUGUGCUCAUGUCACCUAAGCACAGGAUGAGCGUGGCGACCAAAAGGGCUAAUGAGGCAACUAAACGGGAGAACGAAGCUACCAAGCGAUCGAGUGGAAAGGAAAACCUAAUCGAAAUGACCGUCUCGAGGGCUAAGGAAAUGCUGCCCAUAUCGGAACCCUUCCUUGAGCGUAAACGUCGCUUUAAUUUUAUCGAAAACAAAAUGAAGGUAUCCCUUUUGUUACUCAAACGUUAUGAUAUUUUUCCCGCCAAAUAUGUGCACGUGAAAAUGCAACAUGUGGAUAUGAGGGGGGCAAAUUGCAGCAGGCGUGGCUACGGGGAUGGGGGUAAUUCCGCAAUGAGAAAAUGCCCGGGAGAAAGUGACAACAAGGGGAGAGCAGACGAUAAUGGGAAAGGAGAAAAAGGCAACAAACGUGGUGACAGUGGCCAAAGCGGCAAACGUGGUAACGGUGGCCAAAGCAGCAAACGCGGUGAUAGCAGCCAAGGCAGCAAAAGUGGGGGCAGCGGUGGUCGAAGCAGCGGCAGCGGUGAUCGAGGAAGGGGGAACGGAGACGAGAACAAUGACGAAAAAAACAACAAGAAGAGGCACAUUGAUGAUAAGUGUGAGAAGAAGGACGAGGAGAAUGAGAACGACAAGAAGGACAGCGGUAUCAAUGAGGAUAAUGCUAAGAGUGAAGGGGGCAAUGGGGGAGGUGGUACAGGAAACGGGAACGGCAAAGCCGAUUCGAGUGAAGGCGCGAAGAGAGGAUCCAACGUAUCCUCAAACGGAGCCUCAAAUGGAAGCUCAAACGGAACAUCCAAUGUCAAUGCAAACGUUAAGAAGAGGAGGAGCGAAAAGGGGAAGAGCAGAAGCAAAAACAAGGUGGACAGCGCAGGCGGCGGGCCGCCGAACCAACCCACCGAGGUGAAGGAUGACAUUGUAUCGGUGAAUAACGAGCUCCCCCCGUUGAACAACGAAAAGAAAGAAGUGGUUAAGCGUAGAAAGGGAAACAGAACAGGCAAGAAAAAUGGAGCUAAUGAAAAAAAUGAUAAAUACUCACUUAACCUUCUAAUAGCAGAAAAUGCUUAUAAAAUUGUAAAAAAUGGGAGAAUGUACAAACCAACGGAACCAGUCAACAGUUUCCAUACCCACCAUAAUUUUAUGCUUCGAGAAAUGAUGUGGAUGAGUAUAGACUAUUAUGAAGAAAAAAGGUGGAAGAAAAAUGUUUCCAAAAGAUUUAGUUAUCAAAUGAAUAAUCAUUUUGAAGACAGAAAAAAAAAUGACAAAUAUUUUAUCUCUUCGCAGAUAUCAAAUGACAUUAAAAUGUUUUGGUUUUUUGUUCUAAACGAGGUGAGACCUGAUUUAGUCCCCGUGGAUGUGGAACAUAAGGUGAAAAAUAAAAAUUUGCUCAAGAGAGAUUUUUUUAAAUCCGUUCGGAAGAAUUUAAAAAUGGAUGGAAAUAAUUCUUCCACUUUUUUUGAAGCCAACCCCUUACCUUCUACCAGUGAUGAACAGUUGUCUAGUCAUGCUGUCGAAAAAGGUGAACAACAGGAUGACAAGUGUGGCGAUGACCCGAGUGGCUCCAGCCCCAGUGGCAUUCUAAGCAUGGCACGCAGCAUGUUUUCGUUCAAUUUUAUGAAUAAAGAGGAGGCAACGGACGAAGGUAACAUCGGCAAAGAAAGCGCCGACGCAGGUAACACCGACAAAGAAAAGGUCGACGCAGAGGAACCUCCCAGUUUCGCCAGUCCUAGGGAAAACCCAAGUGAUGAGCAGUGUGCCCCCCCAACAAGUGAUCAGGACAAACAGCAGCCACCACCAACCAUCACCCCGAUGGAUGAAAAACGCAUAGAGGCGUACCAAAAUUACGAAGAACGUCUUAUACUUUUUGAGGAAAAUGUAAGCAGGGAAUUGUUAAACAAGCACGAGCACCAAAGCAGGAGGGAGGUUGACUUUUGUGAUAAUUUUAGGAUGGAGGAGGAAGAGGAGGAGGAGUACACGUACCGAAGUGCAUACCAUUAUAAUGACGAUUAUGUGGACUACUAUUCCUGCAGUACAGACUACCUUGACUUGAGUAACCGCCUGUAUAUUUACUGCUUGCUAUUCAUGAGCAUUUCAUUAAUGGAAGUGAAUGAAAAAAUUUUUUAUAACAAUGAAAAUUUAAUUAAUGAUGACGAGUACCGUACGUACUCCGAUGAUGAAGAUGGGGCUACGGUCCCAUUUGGAGGAAAGGGCAAACUGAUGUUAAGACAGAACGAAGCUAGUGAUGAAGCGGAAUGCGCCAAACAUGAGAAGAAAAGAAGAAGAAAAAAAAGGAGUGAUAGCAACAAUUACGAUGACGUCGCCGAUGAGGGCGAGCAGCUGGAGAUGGAUGAGGCUAAAUUGGAGGAUGAGGAGACUCAAGCGAAUAACCCAGAAAAACAAAACACAAAGAUCAAGCUCGAAAUUGUAAAAAAGGAAAACAAAAGCGAAAUGGGAGAAUACGAUGAGGAAGUCUAUAGGGAGUAUGCCAGGAAUCACAACGAGUAUCAGCAUAUGGAUGAUGUAGAAGACAUCGAUGAUAUAAGAAGGGUAAACAGCUACACCGAUCAUAUGUACCACAUGGAUUAUUACGAUGAGAUGAGACAUAUGAAUAGCGACACGUUAACUGUGGCCACUACUCCCCUCAACAGCGUAGACGUCAACGAGCUCCUCGUCAUUCCAUAUUCAGCUGCCGACAGAAUAAUAACUAAAGAAACAGGUAGUAAUACUGCAUCAGAACAAAACAUGAGCGAAUAUCUAAACGAGGUCAAACAGAAAAAUGUAAGUGUAUAUAUGAAUAACAUGGAGUUAUGGGGGGGAAGAACAUACCCAUUCGAAUUAGAAUAUAUUAACAACACAAAUAACGACAUUCGUUUGCCACUAGUGAGUUUGUCGGAGUAUGACGAAUUCACUUUUUUUAUGUAUCUCUUUUAUUUGAAAAACUCUCCAUAUAUUUUAAAAAAAGAAAUGAUCAAGGAAAAGAGAAAACGAAAAAGAGACUUGUCAGAUGUUGCCUCGGCGAAGAAAAGAACACCAAAGCGUAGGCUGAACAAAGCAGAAAAUGAUAAAACAGUGGAGACCGUACCAGAGAACGAAAAGUGUAAAACAAACGAACAGCCGAUAACAAAUGCGGAAGUAGAAAACAUGCCAUCCUUGAAUGAGGUCAAUGGUGCAGAUGAAAAUGACCACCAUUUUGAUUUUUCCAAAAAGGAUGACCACGGAAAGGUGGAUGUUAAGAAGGCAGGGGUGAAGGAUGAUGAUUCCCUUAACAAUAAUCAUCUUCCUGAAGAGGGACAACAUUCAAUAGUAAGAGAAAUUAAGGAAGGAUCCACCCUCAGGGAGGGAAAAGAAAAACAAAAUUUAAAAACGUGGGCUGAUACAAAAGAAGUGUGGACCAAUGACGAAGUAAAUUUUCUUCUCAUCCUUACAAAGACCUAUAUGAAUUAUGUGAAUACCGACUUGACGCAGAUGGGGGGAUAUAAAAAUGAGGAACAAUACCCUGUCGGGGGAACUGCUGAAAACCCGUCUGUGAAGAAUCAUUUGGAAGAGGCAUCCAUUGAAGAGACCUCCAGUAAUGUUAUGCAUUUGCGAGAUGCCCCAAGUGGAGAGAAUACUACUGCAGAACAGGCUGGAAGUAGCCCCGCCGAAAUGCUAAAUGGGAAAGCAAGUAAUAACAAUAGUAGCAGUAGCAGCAUCUGUGGGGGAGGCGACCAAGUGGAUCUUUCGCGAAAAACUCAGGGGAACACCCAGAACGGGAAUAUUCUCACGUCCCAUAAGGAACAUAACAAGGCGAGGGGUGCAGAAAAGACAAUGUCACAACUGGACAGGAUACCCCUAAGUGCGAAUUACAUUUACUCCAUAAACUGGAACAUCAUAUCCCUAGCGCUCACCUCGUACAACAAAAUUAAUCACGUUUACGAAAUGGCGAGAACAGCGGAGGAGUGUAAGGACAAGUUCUUUUCUCUUUUUCGGGGCAACAGCUACAUGGAUGUCAACUCCACUAGUCUGCAUGAGGAAAAUUAUUUACCUAACAGAAAAAUGUUAAAGAAGGGUUCAAAGCGGUUAAGGUUUUUGUCCAUAUUUCCUCCCCAAAAUGCAAACAGCUUGAUAGGCUCGUUUAACAAAUAUAUGAGUGAAAAGAUUGAGAUGCAGAGGCAGAGGGAGGAGGGGGACAGCAGUGGUAGCUGGGGCAGUGACGCCAAAGGAAGCGGCAGCAUGGGAAAUGGUAGCAUUGGAAGUGACCCAGGCAAAGCAUUAGCGUGUGCACACCAAUUGGAGGAAAAACAAAGCGCAGGUGGAAAGCCCCACAAAAGCAACGAUCCUCAAAAUGACCAACCUAACCGUGAUGAGGAAGAAUCAGAGGGGGGGAAUUCCAAUGGGGAGGAAUCUACCUUCUUCGAUCAACCAAGGAAAAGCGAACUGUUAAGUGGAAUAUUGCAGGAACUUUCAAAAGGAAGCGCCCUUGUAAAAGAUAAUGAAAAUAUGAGCAGCAAGCCGAGCAACAGUUGCACCACCGAAGAGAAUACUUCUUACAGGAUGAAUGAGUCGGGGGAGGAAUCAAAUCACACCAACCUUCUGUUUGGAAAUACAAAUCAAUGUUCCCAUUUGAUAAAAAAGGAGAAUCUUUUUAAUAAUUUAUUAUCUCACAUUUCUAGAAACUGCGACGAAACUUCCGGUGAAGAUACCGACUGUGGGAGGGACAGCUUUUUCAGUUCCAGUGAUGUCGAUGAUUCUACGACACUAAAGUUGGAUGAACUGUCUUCCAUAAAAUCGGACCAUUUGAAAAAUAUUAUAGUAAAGAGGAAACGCCCCUUAGGAGGGGAUAAGGAUGAUGAGGACCCGGGGUAUGACCAAAGUGGGGAUAGCGAAGUGGACGCUACAAAUGGGGGGCCAUCAUAUGAACCCCCCGAAGUAGAAACUCAGAAGGAACAAAUGUUAGAAGGGAAGGAGGAGCAAAUGCGCAGUUCGAACUGCUUGGACGGGAAUGAAAAUGUUUCAUCGGUAGAGAGCCACAGGAAAAGUGAAGAAGAUGGAAAUAAAUUUCAGGAAUGUGAGAACCAUGAAAAAAAGAACACUGCAUUUCCCAAAGGGGCACAUGAACCGAUUCAAGGGGGGGAGGAACGAAUGGUAUGCAAUGGAGGAGACCAGUCAUUUCCUAACGACAUGGACAACAGUAUGGAUGAUAUGUGCACAUCAAACUUAGGCAAUCACUCGGUUACUUCAAACGUGGGGAUAUUAACAACAAGCAAUGAAAAACAAACAGAAGGAAAAAACGAAUCGGCGAAUUUUGCCAGCCUAAAGAAAUGGCUCAACUCCAUUUGUAGCAACAAAAGAAACGUGAAUGAAUUUUUAGCUCUACUAAAAAAUGACUACCUCGUUAAAAAUAAAAAUUUUCAUAAAAUCAUUCAGAAUUUUUUAAACAGAAUAAAACCUGUUAUAGGGUACUAUGACAAUUUGUUGGAUUCACUAAACAACGAAAGUAGCUGUGAAAUAUCAAAUAAUCAACCCAUGAUGAAUAAUGGCUUCUAUGCAGAGAAAAUAGAUAAAGAGUUUGUAAAAUUUAUUAAAAAAAUAAUCGAAUAUGAUAAAAGCAGAAAGAAUAAAAGUAUAAAAAAAUUAAAUAAUUCAUCAGAAAGUAGUGAAAUCUAUAAGCUGAACGAAUUCUUUAUUUACUCUCCAAAUGAAUCAUACAACACGGUUAACGAUUUUGCACAGCAAAUAUUGAACUAUGUUCCAUACGUCGAUGACAAAAAAAAAAUUAAUAUUAAGAAAAUUAAAAAAAAAUUCCAGUGCAAAAAUUUAAUUUCACAAGUUCUGCUAGCUGAUUACAUUUUGGAUAAAUUGAAGAAUUUUCCAGUAAACAGUUCUUUGCCGUCUACUCUAAAUGGUAAGGCAGUAGACAGUUUGCUUUCCGAGGCGAGGUUAAAGGCCUACACGAAAUUUAUCAAUGAUAAUUUGCAAGAAUGUGAGGAUGUUGUUAAGAUGGAGAAGUGUUUUGCCCAGACGUAUGAGGAGGAGGAGAAGAAGGAAGAGUUUGUGCUUAACAGGGAAGGAGGAUUACUCAGCGGGAAUAGUGGAACAAAUGUUAAAGUGAAAAGUGAGAAUGAUCAUUUGAGUGAUGGUAUCAAUGAGAAUGAGAGUGGUCUACCGAUGAAUAAACAAUCGGUGGAGAAGACUGGCCCAAUGGAACACUCCCUUCCAGAGCAUAAUGCCUCGCUGGUUAAUAAGAAUGGAAAACUUUUCGACCAAGAUGGAAGUGAAAAGGAUACCAACGGUGCAGGCGUGGCGAAUCCUAUUCCCCCAUCCAUAAAAAUGGAUGAUACAAUCGGCGCGUUUAACAUUGAUAAUCAUGAUGAUAACCAUAAUGCACUGUUGCAUAGUGGUGUGUACGACGAUGGGAACGUGGCAUCCACAGGGGUGAGCAAAGGAGAGCUCGAUAGAGGUAACAACCACAGCAUUAUACAUAAGAAGAGCAGCAUGGACAGCGGGAAUGUAGACUCACCCCUUCAUGAUAAAGGAACAAUUAACGAACCAGGAAAGGAAAAUGACAACAUCAGAAUGAACCAGCAAAUGUGUGAAACUGCGAGUGGCCACUUGGCUAAUUCUGCAGUUUUUAACGAGACCCUCGUAUGUCAAACGGUAAAGGAUAAUGAGCUCAAAAAUGAAGCGGCCAAAAGUAUCAAUCCGCCAAGUGAGACCGGUAUUCAAGGCGAUCCGAACGGUGGUAAUUUUUGUAACAAUGGCAAGAGUAGUGGGAAGAAUGGCACAAAGAACGGGGGGAGGAGCAGCGCAAAGGGCGGUGGAAAGAGCGGCGGAAAAGGCAGUGGUAAAGGGGGCGGAAGGGCAAAUGCCAAAGGAAUCAACAAAGAAAACGCCAAGGAAAAUGCAAAAAAUGUUGCUAGUGACAAUUUUCCCGAAGCUAACGAACCGAACGGGAUUAUAGACGAGGGGAAGAUGAAGAAACCAUCCAUUUCAUACACAAACUCUUUCAGUUUUUCCCCCAAAGAAGCUAACAACAUGGACCAACAAAUGCAGAAUUUCAGCAAAAAUGAAUUCUUCCUAAGUAGCAGGCAUAAAUCUUUACCCAUAAAAAAUAUGGCCAAGACAAAUAAAAUAAGAAAGUACGGAACGUCGAUAAGUGUAUCCAAUUUUUCUAGAGAGUUAUGUAAAAAUAAUAGCAUCCUAAAUUAUUUACCAAAUGGCCAUAAUUACCAUGCCAAUAAUGCACUAGAAAAAAUGCCCAUGAAAAAUGGUUUACCUGUGAAUAACUUGCAUGUAGGAGACCAAGGCGCAGCAUGUGCCCCCCUGGAAGGAGAUGCCAGUGUAGACAGUAAGAAUCGACAACCACAUGAACAGGCACCUAAUAUGCAUAACAGUCCAAUGAAUGACAUGAGGGUGCCUGUUCCUCUUCACAUGACAAAUGGACAGCACAUACUAAGCCAUGACACAACGAAUUUCCCAAACAAGAAGCAGAAAUUGAUAAACACGAAAUAUAAUGGUACCCCCAGUAAAAAUGCCACACUGGAAAAUUUGAACAAGUGUUUUGUCAACCAUACCGGCUCUCCACUGAAUGCCAUCCAGGAUUACUACGCGCUUAACCAAUCUCCUGCAAAGUGGAACAAAGGCUUACCCAACGCAGAAGGCACAAAACCGAAUGCUUCUCCGUUUUCGUAUCAGCAGAUGCAGAAUUGGGGAGAUCCUCAAUUAGUCAACAAGGGGGACGCCUCACCUGUUAUCAGUACAAACCUACAGGUGCCUAUCGCAAGUGCGGGCGUCGCGCAUAGCCCCUCCAGGAAUAGCAGUGGGAUGAACAAUAACUCCAAGGGAAGCAGAACCCCCAAGAACAGCAGCGGUGUUAGCGCAGUUAGCAACGGUUUCAGCAACGGUUUCAACAACGGUGGGAUGCCCCUGUUCACUCGGCCAAACGGCGAAGAGGAAAAAUUCGCGUCGCCUAUGCACGUCCCCUCGCAAAGCGCCAAGUACAUAUCGUCCAACAGUAACAAUGUGCAGAUGGGGCCAAUCACGCAGCUAUCGCCAACAUCGCAUAUUUCACCAAUUCCGAAGCUUUCACAAAAUUCGCAUAAUUCCCCAAUUUUGCACAGCAAGCCUCCCAUGUACGAGGCCCCAGAAAUGUGCGCAAAGAAUGUGCCGACAAGCAACCUACCGAACAACCUACCGAACAACCUACCGAACAACAUAUCGAACAACCUACCGAACAACCUACCGAACAACCUACCGAACAACAUAUCGAACAACCUACCGAACAACCUACCGAACAACCUGCCGCACAGCCUGCCGAACAGCCUGCCGAAGAGUAGCUCCAGUUCGCGUCAAAUAGAAGUUACGUCCAGUGGGUCAUGCAAGAAGAUGCAGCAGAUUCCAAUGAACAACAGUGCCUUAAACUCAGAAAAAAAAAUGUACUCUAUGUAUAAAGAAAAUCAAGCAAGAGGAGGGGUAGUAGGUUCAGCUUCAUUACAGGGACCAUCACAUUCCCCAUCAAUAAGUAGAAUAAACGAUGAUGCACUUUCCAUCAAGUCGGCAACCCCAAGUAACUACUCAUCAGGGUAUGGAACGAGCCAACCGGUAAUGCAAGAAGCGGAUGCAAAGUCAAGAAUUCUACACGAACAAAUGAUGAACAAUCAAGAUAUGUUAAUUUCUGAACAAAAAAUAUUUCUCGAUGUAAACAACAAAGGUAAUACCAUUGGAAAUUAUAACUAUACUACUAUGACAAGGUACCCAAGCAACAGCAUUCAAAAUGUGAAUCCACUAAAUAGUGAAAAUAAUAACAGAUCAAAUUUAGGAAGUAAUUAUAGCUAUGCGAAUUUUCCAAAUAUGAACCUUAAUUUUGUACCCUCCAAUGUGAUGCACAGCCAGAGUAAUACUUCACCAAACAGUGGAAGAAGGCCAUUGCAACACCACUCUGUACAUUCAAUGUCAAGCUUGGUAAAUAUGAAUAGCAACAAAUUAGACAAUACUGAACCCUUGAAUUUUUCGAAUGAUUCGUUUAAUAAAAAUAUGAGUUGUUCAAAUUUGAGUAGUGUAAAAAGCGAUGGCAAUGAUGAAAAGAGGAACCUCUCCUCUGGUGCCUUAAAAAACGGUGCAGAUGGCAAUUCACACAUAUUUCAGGGCAUGCUGCAGGGGAAGCACCAAAGUGACAUGCAGGGCGCCCCCCCCGAGAAUCACAAAGCGCAACCGAGUUACGUGAAUAGUAGCACAGGUGGUGGUGGCGCCAUUAAUAAUCCUCUGAGUAGCAACAAUAACAACCUCAGUAACGGUAGCGCCCGCUAUGAAGACCCCGGCUCCCUAUCUCCCCUGCAACAAACUCACAUGCAUAUGAAGGAUCCCCCAAAUAAUUACAUUCUUAGCGCAAACGAAAGAGACCAGAACAGCCGAACAACAACCGUGGGUCCCCAAGGAUCGAAUGCCCAGGGAUUCAGCCAGCCAAGUCAAUCAAAUCAGUCUAGUCAACCAAUGCAGGCGAAUCAACCAAGUCUGUCCAGUCAACCUGGGCAAUCGAACCAGCAGAAUAUGAAUUUGAACAACAUGAAUGGCCAAACCACCGUCAAGUACCACAGCGCAAACUUGCCAAGUAGGAAACAAGGCGGAGGCGUCAAUUCCUAUGUUAACCAGAUGAACUUCAUUCUCCAGGUUCUGAAUCAGUUAAAUGCGAACUCAAAAGGAAGUACUUCUCCAAACGGGAAUCAUCAGGGCGCUGGAAAUCCCUCUAUUGAGCAGUCCCCCCCGAAUCAGCCAGGCAUGACUCAACCGAGCGUGACGGCACCUAUUUUUGGCCACGCAAGCAGCAGUGUCGCUUCACCAAAUGGGAACAGGAGCCAGAAUGUAUCCCCAUACCAUUCGCCAAAUAUGAAAGGGAAAAACGUCAAGCCAACAUUUAGCGAUAGUAAUGUAAAUAACCUGAAUAUGAUAAAUAUGAGCACCAAGGGAAAUUUGCCAAAAAACAUGAUUCAGAAAAUAGGCCCAAAAAGUAUGUUCCCAUCGCAAGAUCUGAUUCAGCAAAAGUUACUACAACAGAAACAGGAGUUACUGCAGCAGGAAUUAUUUCAGAAAGCAUAUAAUGAGAAGGAAAAUCAGACAAGUCCAUCCAAAGGAGCAUUUCAGGAAAUGCAUAAGCAGCAGUGCCCACCUGACAACCUAAUGCCGAAUGAGCAAGUGAGACAACAGAAGUUGCUUCAGAAGAUCCAGCAGGAGCAAAUACAGAAGCAGCUUCAGCAGCUGCAUUCCCAACAGCAAUUUCAGGUUCACCAUAUGCAGCAGCAGGUGCAAUCGCAUAAGGUACCCUCACCACUGAAGGCGCAGCAGGUAAAGCAACACUUGCAUGCACAACAAAUGAGCCCCCAACAUAUAACCACACAACAUAUAAACGCGCAACAUAUAAACGCGCAACAUAUAAACGCGCAACAUAUAACCGCACAACAGCUACACCCACAACAGCUGCAGCAAAUUCAAAUGCAAAAGCUUCAGUACCAGCAGCAGGAAUUGAAGAAGCAUAUGGAGCAGCUGCAGCAAAAGAUCCCCCUGCCGCAGCAGAAAUUCCACCAAGUAUAUAACAUGAAGCAAAAUGUGUUGUUAAAUGAAGAGAAUGAGAAGAAGAAAAAACAGAGGCAAAUUAGUUUACCCCUAAAUUCACGCGUACCAAAUAUGCACAAUUUGGAGCAACUGAAUAAAGGCGAAGAACCUCCCUUGAAGGAAAAUUUGAAUAGCAGCAUGGGCGGUAGCGUCAGUGGCAGUGUCAGCGGAGGUAUGAGCGGCGCGAUGGGAAACAUGGGUGGAAGUAACAUGGGCACCAACUUGAGCGAAAGUGCCAUGUACAUGAUAAAUAGGAAAAUGUCAAAUAACCUGAACAAGCUGAACAACGCGGACCACUAUUUUACGUACGACGCAUUUCAGCAGUCGAUGUCCCAGAGCAAAAUUGACGUAAAAGACAUGAGGACGCAUGACGGGAAAAAUAUAAAUGAACAUAACAUGUUGUUAAACCCAGCCCAAGCAAGAGACAUGUGUAGCAAUAAUAUGCCCCCUCGCGUUGUGCCUAACAGUAUUCCUCCAUAUAUCUCUUCGAAUUCUCCAUUUAAAAUAAAUCAUCAUAAUAAAAACAACAUGAACAAUAAUCAGCAGCAGUAG